CAUCAACGUGGAUCAAUAACUUGAUAUUUUUUUGGAUUGGAAUCCAAAAGUAUAUAUUGUUUCUUUCCAAGAUUUUCACAGCUGCUGUCCUUGCAAUAUACCCAGCAGUUUGCUCUGCGCUCCUUGUGCUUCAUUGUGCAACUAUCCGUCAAGAUCUGUGAUUAACCGCAGGCAACAACCACCCCACCGACAGUACAAGCCAGGCAGUCCAAAACACCACCAAAUUUGCAACAUCUUCACACAGACACAGAGUGCUUCCUUUCCUAUCACCUGCAUCUACAAGUCGAUUAGUGGCACCUACAUCAAUAUCCCCAAGUGAUUGGGACUGGUUGUCAAUUGACAAACCGUCGUUCACAACCACAGCAGACGAUAGCAUAAGUAUCGGGAGACGACGUCCAACAUGCAGUCCAUGCACCGACAGUUGGGGAAGAUAAAACCUAAAGGGCCAGAUGAUGCCAAAGUGUCGGUUCUCUUGCAGGACUUCACCAAUGUAGAUGAAGUAUUGACGAGCAUCGUUCACACCUCCAGGGCCUGGAGAGAUGCGUGGUUAUCAAUACUGGCUUUACAACUGAAUGCAGUAACCGUUUUCGAGGAGAUCUACAACCCGAUAGUUGGAGCCACGUCGGAAGGGCACGGACACGAUGCCAUCAUGACCCCCCAGACCAUGUUGACCAAAACGAAGAAUCUGAAGGAGGCAUACGCCGAACUUAAAGCAGACCUGCUGGAGGAAUUGAACUUGGUAGAUCCAAGGAUCAUCCGGCCUGCCACGGAGGUUUUAGAAUGCAUUAAGCCGAUUAAAAAAACUAUAAAAAAUCGCGAGAACAAACGAAUAGACUAUGAGAGCUACCAGGACCGUGUCGACAAAAAGAGGAGGCAAAAGCGCUCUGAAAAAGAAGAGGCGGGUUUAUUAAAGUUGGAAGCAGAUAUGGGGAAAGCAGCUGACGAUUUUCAUUACGCUGACGAUCGUCUACGUGAGAGCCUGCCCCCUGUAAUCGCAGCAGCAUUUUCUAUUCUCCCGCACAUCUUGGCUGCUCAGAUUUUGAUACAAAACACACUUCUCGCUCAGUACUACACCACGCUCCACAACUAUUGCACAGAGGAGGGGUUUCCCUCUCCUGCACCGCCUACGCAGGACAUAGUGGGAGAAUGGGAUAGUGAUUUCAAAAGAAUCCAACAAGAUGUGGAAUCUAUAAACACCAUUGCCCGAGGAAAGGCGAUACAUGCUCCCAUGGUGCUUGGCGAUGACUCAGAAACUCGCCGAGGCUCGUCCAUGUCUGGCCUUAACUUAAGAAACAACCUCGCAGCGCGAAGAUCAAAUACGCAGAGCAGUCUCCCGUCGAUGAGCCGCCUUGGUGGUAAACUUUCUGCCGGGGCAUCGCGCCUUUCACCCUCGGGUCACAAUUCUGGCAGCCCGCAGGCACCGGAGCCGCAACGAGAAUACGACGAACCUGAGGUGGAGAGAAACAAUCCAUCUUCACACGCUUCCACUCCGUCAUAUGCUCCCGCUGGUCCCGUUCGAGAUUAUUUCCAAGGUCAGGACUCCCAAUCGGCUAGGAAUAUGUCGUCCGCAAUAGCAGCGAAGAAAAAGGCUCCACCGCCUCCUCCAAAGCGCAUCCAGUCGUCCAACGAACAGUGGGUUACAGCACUGUAUACUUUCACUGGCCAAGAGAGCGAUGAUCUGGCGUUUGAAGAGGGUGAUCGGAUCAAGGUCAUCAAGAAAACCGACAGUACCGAUGACUGGUGGGACGGUGAAUUACGAGGCGUCAGAGGUAGGUUUCCUGCAAAUUACGUCGAGUUAUAAGAACUCCGGCUAUCUAGAGAUGCUAUGAGGCAUGGCCUAUUGGCAAACCACCCAUUCGUGAGAUAUAGUUCUUAAUAUCACACAUGCCAAUCCUUCAUUAUAUUCUAUGACAUACAAAAAUCGAUGCUCACAUAGCUGCACGUAAAUGCCCGACCCAGCUCACAAUACGGAUCGCCUCCGUCACACCCCUACUUCAAACCAGGAGCCAGGAAACUCAGUUGUGGCUACUAUGGUAUAGGUCCAGCUUGCACAUCGAAUAUCUCAUUUCUCCAGCCUUUUACUUCGUUGUCUUCAACUCUCUCGCCCGCUUCAUGUGCUUCUUCCUGCCACAGUUUUACAAUACUGCCCGGUGCAUAGACACCAGCGAAGACAUUUCCCUGCUUAUUGGCCCCUCCGACAACUCCGAUAUUGGUGUACAAAUCUGGAUCUUCCUCUGGAGUGAGUCGAGUAAUUAUGGCCCGAACAAAGUUCUCUGUUUGCUGCGUGUAUUCCAUCCUCAAUUGUACUACUUAACUUACGCUCGAGAACUUUUCGAAUGAUACGGCGAACAAUCGGCUUAAAAAUCCACGCCAGACAUGCGAACUUGGACCUGCGCAAGGAGUAGUUGAGAUGGUGUAUCUUGACUUUGACGUUUCGCAGCGAGAGAAUUUUUUCGAUGUGGCCUUUCCCAAUUUCGAAGUGUAUUGCAAUAUCGAUGCCGCGGUCAUCAAGCUCCAAAGAGGCAAUGCCUUCGUCGGCGAGCCUGAGUAAACCUUUAUGGGCACGCAGCCAGAACCCUACUUCAUCUGCCCG